CCAACCUGGCAACCCCGGCAGGUUCAGUAGUUACUGUGGGAAGAUGGUGGACUUCGUGACAGCAGCGUGCUCAAAACUCCGUCCUAAACACUUCGAGAAAUACUUACCAUCUCAACCUGGCGUUAGGUAUAAAUUACCCGGGGACAAUCACAGAUAAUACUUACAGAAAACCGAUAACGAGUGAGUUCUUCGCCUCUUUUUUUUCCGGAAUUGAAGACAGCGCGCGGAGAGUUGCAAAGAAAAAAAAAAAACGUGGUGGUUGGCGUGUUCAUAACUCAGUCAGUGGGAGAAGCUCAGUGGGAAAACGACGACACAUGUCCAGUUCAGUCUGAAGAGUGAAGCGACAGGGAUAAUUUAGACCGUGGUGUUUCUGCCUUGUUCAGCUGUCAAAGCCAGAAGGAGUUGAACCGAAGAGAAAGCUAACUAGCUGCUAGCUUCGCUGCUGUGAGCCGGAGGAGCCGACAUGCCGCGGGGGAAGAAGGGCAAACGUGGCUCCUGUAAGCCGGGGUCUCUCCGUCAGGAGGUUCUUCAGCUUCAGCUUUCGGCUAAAGCAUCCCCUAAAGGUGUCAAAAAUGGAGUGAAGGGAGAGUCUACUGCCAGCGAUGAUGAGAUGACCUCUGAUAUUCUCAGCCACUACAGCAGUGCCAGUGAAAGCGCCUCCGUGAUGGAAGAGAGCACUGGAAGUGAGCAGGUGGAUGAGCAGACGGCGCAGGAUCAAAUGGAAGACAAACUCAAACAGUGUAUAGACAACCUGAUGGACAAGAGUGCGAAGACGCGUCUCGCAGCCCUCGAGUCGCUUCGACAGGCUUUCUCCUCCAAAGUUUUAUACGACUUCCUAACAGAGAGGCGCCUCACUGUGAGCGACUGCUUGGAAAGGAGUAUUAAAAAAGGUGGAGGGGAGGAGCAGGCAGCAGCAGCUACAGUCUUCACCCUGCUGUGUAUCCAGCUGGGGGGUGGAGAUGAGGCGGAGGAGGGCUUCAAGGUGCUUCGUCCUAUUUUCACCUCCAUCCUGACUGACAGCAGUGCCAAUAUAGCAGCUCGUCAAAGUUGUGUGAGAGCUUUGGGGAUGUGCUGUUACGUGUCAACUGCUGAAGAAGGAGAGACCUUAAUCAAGUCAUUGGCUCAUCUGGAGAGUAUCUUCAUGUCUUCUUACCCCAACAAAGAGGGAACGUUGCCGACUCCCAAACCAGGUAGUUCAGGACUCCACAUUACAGCCCUGCAGGCCUGGUCGCUGCUGGUCACCCUCUGUCCCGCUUCCAAACUCACUCUGCUGCUGGACAUUCACCUUCCCAAGCUGCUAGCUUGUCUUCAGAGCAGCGACGUCAACUACAGAAUUGCAGUGGGAGAGACCAUCGCGCUGCUCGUGGAGUUAGGACGAGAUCUAGACGAGGAGUUUGAGGUGGAGGACAGUGAAAGUCUGUGUGAGUCUCUGAAGAGUUUAGCCACUGACAGCGCGAAACACAGAGCGAAAAACGACAGAAGGAAACAGCGCUCGAUCUUCAGAGAGGUGCUACAUUACAUCGAGAAUGAAGAGUUCACGGAGGAGAAAAUCCGGUUUGGACUGGAGAACGUUUACAUCGACAGCUGGAUGAGGAGACGAAUCUAUGAUGCCUUCAAGGAGAUCCUAGAAUCUGGAGUCAGACACCAUCUACAACAUAACCCACUACUGCGAGACAUCUUUGGCCUUGGACCCCCCAUCAUCUUGGAUGCUACCAUCAAAGCCAACAAGAUCUCACGAUUUGAGAAGCAUCUAUUCAACUCGGCUGCCUUCAAAGCCAGAACGAAACAGAGGAGCAAAGUCAGGGACAAACGGGCUGACGUCAUGUGAGAGAAGCAUAAAGAUGGAGCGAAGAAAGGAGGCGAGGGACUCCUGAAGCUGCUCUGAUCCAGACACAACGUGGUGCCUUUAACUCUUCGCCUGUCCGACACAUGAAAACUCAGCCUAUAGGAUAUUUUUUCCUCAAAGCUCGGAUCAGUUUCAUUAGUGAAUGUACUAU